GGUGGUUAGAAUCAUUCCACCCAGAAAACAACACUUUGAAGUUAAAAUAAGAUUAGACUUGAAGCCACAGUUUCUGAGUGGUCUCAAAACUUUCAUACACCUCCCAUAAUCUAUAAAACUUGUUGGGAUUUCAGUGUUAGAAAGAUUCACAAAAAGAACAAUUCAACCAAUGCCCCCAAAAAUGAAACCCCUGUUUAUCAGCCUCCUUCUGUUUCUGUACUCGGCCUCAGCUUCGGAUUCGGAUCCCUUGCAAGACUUCUGCAUUCCAAUGCCCGAACUCUCAUCCAUUUUCCUCUCCUGUAAGAACUCAUCCGAUGUCACAGUUGACGACUUUGUCUUCUCAGGCAUAAAAUCCCCCGCAGAACCCGUUGCAAAAACAGGAUUCUCAUCGAUUCCGGUCAGCGCCACUACUUUCCCCGGCCUAAACACACUAGGAAUGUCAUUUGUCCGAGCAGACUUUGAGCCUAGUGGGAUAAAUCCCCCCCAUUAUCAUCCACGGGCAACCGAGGUUGCCUUUGUGCUGGAAGGCAAGAUUUAUUCAGGUUUUGUGGAUUCACAGAACCGUGUCUUCGCUAAGGUGCUCGAGAAAGGAGAGGUGAUGGUGUUCCCUAAAGGGCUGCUGCAUUUCCAGAUGAACGUCGGCGAUAAGCGCGCCACAAUUAUAGGGAGUUUUAACAGCCAAAAUCCAGGGCUGGUGAAAAUCCCAUCUGCUGUUUUUGGGACAGGCAUCAAAGAAGAGCUUUUGGAGAAGGUUUUUGGAUUGAAUGCCAAAGAUCUCUCCAAGCUAAGGAAGAAGUUUGAAGUAUAGCCAUUGAAAUCCCUUUUUCUUGUUUUUCCAUUUCUCUUACAUCCUUUAUAACAAGAAGUUUCAAUCAGAAUCUCUUUAGUAGGUGUCUUGUUUCAAUGGUUUAAAUAAAUAAUUUAUUUGAUCCCAUUUAUGGCAUUGGAUGCUUUUCUUAUGGGAAGACUUGGUAGUGAUUGUCUUUAAAUUUACAAAGAGCCAUAAUUUGGGGAACACCUAGUCAAAAGCCACUUACCAAAUACACUCCUCAAAAGUUGCACAUGCUUGUGAAAUUUAUUAU